AUGAUCUCGACCACCCUUAUGACUUUCUUGCUGAUCACCAAACCAGAGGUUCGGUCGGUCAAGCUGCUCGGAUCAUGGGAUAAUUUCUCCAAGCAAUAUGUGAUGGAAAGGGAUAAACGAGUUGGAUCUGGACACUGGAGAGGAUGUCAUACCUUCACAGAUAUGAUGGGCGACGGACCAGACAAGACCCAAUGGCGAACAGGAGGUCUGAAGAUGGGUGGUACCUAUUGGUAUUAUUAUCUGCUUGAUAAUGAUAUAGAAUAUUAUAACGAGGCAGAGCCAACAACCACAAGAUGCCCUCUUCUUCCAGGGCAGCCUGUGAAUGUGUUAAAUGUUCCAAUUAUUCUACCAGACAGUCGCGCACAUGGGCGUUCGGCGAGUGGCAGCUCCCAGUCCUCCGAUCAUGUUCGGACCAUGAACCCAGAAGACAAGUAUAUGAAUCCGCGGAAGCCACCGCCCCAGCCUCAGCCAGCGCGUCUUCAAACCUCUGCGUCGGGCCGUCGGCAACCGAGUCCGGCGCAGCCUUCUGGCAAAUCUCCAUUGACUGGUAUUUACCGAAGUGUGUCUCAGCCUCACAGUGCCACCCGCAAGGGUCACAAGAAAGAUUCGCGUUCUAUGUCUCCCCCGAGAGCCCGCGCCCUGCUUGCUGUUCUGCGGCAGCCCACUGAGCCCGAAAGAAAUUUCGCGCCAGCGCGACCAGAAAAUGCUCCUUAUAUGCCUACACAGCAAAAUGAGUCAGUUGAGAGCCGACGCAAUAUUCCCGGAAUCCAGAUCAAUGCUGGAAUUGCAAUCCCGUCAUCUGCGGGUUCUGCCGACAACCUUAGCCCUCCGUCCACUAUUCAGAGCCGCCGCGCCAUGAAAGCAAACGCCGGCGACACAGCACCGGGCCGGCUUCUUACAGUGCAAACGCGUCCUGAGCCUCGCAAAGCCAGUCCUUCCCGCAACGCAGCUAACGGGAAGAGCGCGGCAUUCGACGAGACUCGUGCGAUCAGCGAAGCCCUGAAUGAUAUCGCAGGUUCGGGCGAUUUGCCUACACCUACAGCCGGAUUUACUAAAGAGAAGAGACUCCCUACACUCCCUAACACGCCAUCUUCGGUCAUGGACGAAGCAGUGCGGGCUAUCGAUGAGAGAGACAAGGCGAUGGAUGCUGAGAUCCUACGCAGUCACUUUUCCAGCAUGACAGCAUCGACAGACUCCAUCCACUCCCAUUUCAUGCCCGAACACAGCCGAUUCUCCGAGUGGAGCACUGAUACCGAAGCCGAUUACAACCCGCACGGAUCGGUAAUGUCGGCCUCAACGUUCAAUUAUCUCCAGGACGAGUCUUCGGUCAAUGAAAGCUGGGUGACACCAGACCUAUCGCAGUCCGGCGAUGGCGCCACCAAUACCGAUCCGAACACUCCUCACCUUAUCGUGUACUCUAAACCCUCGUCGCCCAACUCAGCCUCCGAGGAACUCCCUCCCUGGAGUGCCGGUCUCCCACAACUCACUGUCUCCCUAUCCACCCCUGGCCUCGACUAUUCCGGCUUGGGCAUCGAGAAUAUGGACGAAGUGGAAAGUAAUCCGAAGCGUCACGCCGCCCUGUUCGAUGCCCUUGAGUCCAUGGAAGCUCUAGCUCUGUCGCACAGCCCCAAUGGCUCCCCAAUCAUACUCCCCCAGCUCCCCGGAGAUUCCGAGGCUGGGGGCCCGUUCCCAGGGGCAGAGCGGAAACUGAGCGAGGCUUCCAUUGACCGCAUUCGCUCUCGUCGGAGCAAUGCCUCGUUUCAGGGGAAUGCUACCAUGCAGGAGCUGAUGGAUGAGCUCAGUUAUCUGAAGAAUAUGAUUCAGGCUGACAUGGAUGGCGCGCCGUUCUGA